UUGGCGUCGAGUCGCGGAGUGAUAAAUAGCGAUUAAACGGUGCGUUUGUCACAUCGUUCAGUGUACAUGAUAGCGAUCGCGAGGGAGUAAACGAUGAUUUCGGAACUAUUUCAAACCAUGCACAAGGCGCGGUUCAGCGGCAUCCGGAUUGUGCCGGAAAAUUCGCCCUCACUGCAGCAAUCGUGCGUGCGUGCAUUCGUGGCGGAAAGUGUCCGCGUUGUGAAGAACGGCCCCAGCUGUGACGAUCGGCUCGAGCAGCUGCAGUUCCUACCUGCACCGUUGCUAACACCCAUCCUGGACCGGAUGAGCAGCCAUCCGGAGCUUCGUGGAAGGCUGCGUGACAAGCUCACGGAUCCGGUGCUGUUUAUGCGGCUGUUCAACGGGUAUGCGGCCGAUUUUGACACCCUCGAGCGGUGUCUGCGUGAAGCCGCCCAAGUCAGCGAUCGUCCGGCGGUUCUGAAGGACCUCGCCGUCAAUUACUGUGAUAUGUUGCGCGUCGAGUUGCGCAAGGGCGGAUCCUUGGCCGAAAGGCAACCGGAUGCGGUUAGAUCGCGCGUGAGAGAAUCACUCCGUCUCGGGGACUAUCUGUACGAGGCCGGUUGGUGCCGGUGUGGAGCUGACGUGCUCGCACUCGCCCACGAACUGCUCGAACUGCUGCCCAUGGCGACAUCUCGCCUGCAGCUCGAGAUGGAGUGCUUAGUGCGGCUGCUGCGUGCCCAAAUCGGGGCUUGUCUGACGUCACGAGCGGCCUCCACCGUCGACCGGUUGCUCACCUUCGUCGGUGGACCGGGUGGCGAUCCCACCGGCGAACAACUGCCGGUUCCUCUAGUCAAGGCCUACCUGCAGCUUGGCAGCUAUUACUACCACGUGCAGGACUACGAUCGCUGCCAUCACUGGGCUCUGCGAGCUCUCGGGGCAACCGUGGACGGGAACGCUCCAGCCAACGGGGACGCGAUCGAUGUCCUGCAGUUGAUCGCACUUUUCUGCAUCGCGAAGGAACGCCACGACCUUGGUAACAUGCUGAUCAGCCAGGCAGUACGGCGGGCUCGCACCGAGUACGGAAGUCUGCACCGACGGUACGCGGAUGUCCUUCAACAGUACGGGUUCGUGUUGCUGCGCAUGAACGCAAUCCUGCCGGCUAUCACCGCGUUCACGGAGUGUCUCGAUGUCACCGGACGUGUGUACGGGAUGGCAAGCCCACACGCCGUCAUCCUUGAAGGCUACCUAGCGCACUGUCUCUAUUUGCGCUCGCACACGACCGGGCGGUUUGAUAUGGCUCUACGCCAUGCCGAAGCUGCCCUCGAGCUGGCCCAGCGGCUUAUGCCGACGAGCCGGCGUGUCCGGCAGCAGCUGGAGCACACGCGUGAUUUGAUCCUGCGAGGUCCUGACCGCCAGCGGGACACCAAAGAGAGCCAACCGACCCGGGAGCGCGAAUAUCGCGCCUUCACGCUGCACGAAAUCAAAGAGAAGUUCUUCGAGCUGGACUCGUCCUUCGAGCGUGACGGGCUUGCUUGUAGCGGUUAAGCAGCACGCGUCAUCACAUCAUCCCCAACAGGCCAUCUGUCGAACUAAGUGUGUAUGCAGUGGAGAUCCACUGCUUCAUUAUUCGCGUUAAGCUAGCAGAUAAGGAUUUACGCAAAGUCAUUAGCAGCGGCUCGAGCAAG